GCCACUUCUUGCAGUGCCGGCAAUGUCUUCACCACUAUCACAGGACGUUUUGCCUCCCAACAAUAUCCCCUGCGUUGUGGACUAAUUAUAAAGAUAAUGGUUGGAAUCUCAACACAUAGCGGUAAACAAACAAAAUCUCAAAAAGAAGAGACAUCUCGUGGCAGCGACUUGAAUCAAAAAACCCUGCACUCAACACAGACCUCUUCACUUAAUAGCUCAGUUUCAAGCACGAAAACAGCUGCAAAACUUCAAUCAAUAGUUUUAAAUAAGCGAGUUAAACAAUGCAAAGUUUUUGCUAUUACUGAAUCUUACCUUGACCCAGAUAGAGAUUUAUCAUCUACAUUUCAAAUACCUUCUUACCAAACUUUAAGAAUGGAUAGAGAAAGCUGUUGUGGUAAAAAAUCAGGUGGUGGUUUACUUAUUUACAUUCACGAAUCUUUUAAUUACGAUGUGAUUGAUUUUAAUUUCAAACUCCCGGGUCGUGUACAAAUUUUAAUAGUGAAAGUAUAUUGUGAAUUCACUAAACCUAUAAUUGUCUCUGUUGUAUACAAUCCACCUGAUACUGACAAAAGUGAGUUUUUAAAUUGUUUUAUAAACUUGAAUACCUUUUUAUCGACUUUUAAAUUUGAGAAAUUAAUAGUAGGUGAUUUGAAUGUAAAUUUGAUUAGAAAAGGAAAUGUUUUUGACAUUGUCGCUCAUAAACUCUUACUUCUAGCUAGAGAGUUUAACUUGUCGCAAAUAAUUAAAGGUCCGACACACAACGCCAGCUCUUUGUUAGAUCAUAUGUAUGUAUCAGAUAAAGAUAAAUUUCAAAACGUUUUUCAUUUCCCUUUCGCUGGUUCCGACCAUGAUUUAUGUAUAGUUGCUUUUAAAAAAAAACAUGUCAAGUUUCCUCCUCGAGUUAUACAAUGUAGAGAUUUGAAAAGCAUUGACUGGGAUAUUUUUAACAAAGAUAUUUCAGAUUAUACUUUAAACAUUUCGAAAAUUAAUAACAAUGUUCCGAGUAGUGUUGAUGAGGAGUUUAGUAACUUUAACACACAUGUUAUGAAUGUAUUUGAUAAGCACGCACCUUGUAGUAAGAAGCUAGUUAAAAGCAAGCACUUGCCAUGGUUUAAUAAUGAGAUAUGUAAACUUAUUAAAGACAGGAAUCGUUUACUGCACAAAGCGAGAAAAACUAAUAAUCUUUCUGAUUUGAAAUUGUAUCGUACUGCUAGAAAUUUGGUAAAUUACUCAAUGGUGAAAGCAAAGAAAAAGUAUUUUUUAUGUAAAUUCGAAAAGGUUACAAAGAGUACCUGCAGUAUGUGGAAGUGUAUUGAUGAGUUGACUGGUUACACAAAGAAGGAUUCUAAGCCCUUGAGUUCCUUAAUGGUUAAUAAUGUUUAUACUAAUGACAAAGUAAAGAUAAAUGACAAUUUAGCUGAUAGUUUUGUGGUCAAUGGUAGUUUUCAAUCUAUUAGCAAUGAUGAAUGUGAUAAAGCAAUUAAAAAUUACUGUGAAAACUAUGAUUAUUCUGAAAGUCGCACUAACGAUUACAUGCCAAUCGAUAUAAAAACUUUUGAAGUUGAAGGGAGUAUAUCAAAAAUUAAAAACAAGCAGGCAAAAAAUGUGUUAAUGCCCACGAUUACAGUUAUCAAAAAAUGUAAAAAUACUUUUAAUGGUAAAGUCGACGCCAAGUGUAAAGAAUGUGAAAAGAGUGGAAUAGCAAAAAUUGUGCAAGGCUCAAUCAAACCAACAUCCAAUUUUACAUCGCAUUUAAAGGUUCAUGUAGAACAGUACCAUAAUUGUCAGGAACUAAUGAAAAAUCCUCUUAACAAGGUGAAAAAUCAUAACAAGCAGCAAACAACGCUCCCAUACUCAAGAACAGUUAUUCCAGCAAAAUCAACCAAAGCAGAAAAUUUAGUAACUAAUUAUAUUAUUGACGCCAUGUGUCCAUUAUCAACAGUGGAAAACUCAUCAUUUAAGAAUUUAAUCUCAGGAUUAUCUGAUGGGAAUAAAUGCCCAUCGUUAAAAAAGCUCCACCUAUUGAUUACAGAACGAUACAAUAACUACGUUUCUAGCCUUAUCAGAGAUCUGUCGAGGAUUAAGUACUACUGCCUGACAGCAGAUGUAUGGUCAAGCAGACGACGUAGUUUCCUUGGAGUGACAAUUCACUGGCUCGGAGAAAAAUUAGAGCGUCAUUCUUCUGUCUUGGCGUUGCGUCGUUUUAAAGGAACCCAUGACUUCGAAAGAAUAAACGACACGCUGCAACAAAUCAUGAGUGAUUUUGAACUAGUCCGAGAUAAAAUUACUUGCAUAGUGACUGAUAAUGGCUCGAAUUUUGUGAAAGCUUUUAAAGAAUAUGGGAUUGAUUACCAAACGGAGGACGAAAUUAGCGAAUCGGAAGAAGAAAUUGAUUUAUUGGAUAGAGAAGAAUUCGUUUCACAAAUUUUACUUCCAUCCCAUCAACGCUGUGCAAGUCACACAUUAAGCUUAGUGGCCACUACCGACUUGAACAAUGUGGGUUUUGUCUAUUACUAG